UAUAUGUAUAAAAAAGUAAUUUUAAAAUUUGAAAUUUGAAUAGAAAGUGAACUUUGCUAACAAAAAAAAUCUCAGGUAGGAUAUACGUUGACUUCAUUAGUGGUGGUUGACAGGGCAGGCCCUCACCAAGCACAAACAUCUAGUUGGGAUGAAUAACGACCCAACGUGUUCAAUUAUCUUAUUUCGAUUUUAAUUUAAUUUUAUAACUCACUUUAUUUUUAGAUACCAUCAAUGAGAAUAAACAUUAAUGCCAUGCAGUUUAUAUGCACCCAAAAGUUAUUAUUAUUAUUAUUUUUUGUCGGGAAUUUAAUAUGUGCUCAAAAGUUGCCAAAAUAACAAAGUUCAAUUGCUGUUUUCAAUGUAAAAAUACAUGUUUGCAUUAAUCGACGAAAAACUUUAAAUUUGUGGGCUAUUUUAUUUUGUGCUAAAUUAUUAUCAUUGCAUGUCCAAGAACACAGUUCUUGAAUUGAAUGAAAAAACAUUAAAAAAGAAACAGACCACUAUUUAAAGAUCGACAUUAUAAAAGUUUAUUAUAUUUGUCACUCUGUAGAUCCACUAAAAUCAUACUAUUAUUAUAUAUAUAUAUAUUAUAGAUUGAAAGUUUUGACAAAGUCAAAAACAUCCUUUACGUUGACUUUAGAUGGGUCUGUAAAUCUGUAUACAUUGUCUGUAUAUAAGAAAGAGGUCUGUAGCUCCAUUUUAACAAAAACAGCAGCACAGAGUAUAGCCAGCAAUGAGAUCCUCAUCUCUGGCACUGCUGGCGUUGGCCUACUAUUGCUGUUUCAUUCUCUGGUCAGCUAAUGGUGCUGUUACCAUCUCUUCGAUAAUCAGCAAAGAGGUGUUUGAUUCAAUAUUUCUACACAAAGAUGACAACGCUUGCCCUGCUAAGGACUUCUACACCUAUGAUUCAUUUGUUGAAGCAUCCAAAAGGUUUCCUAAGUUCGGUAAAACAGGAUGUUUAAGCACGCGCAAGCGUGAGAUUGCUGCUUUUCUUGCUCAGAUCUCCCAUGAGACCACCGGCGGUUGGCCCACCGCACCCGACGGGCCGUACGCUUGGGGUUUGUGCUUUAAAGAGGAAGUUAGUCCGCAGAGUGAUUAUUGUGACUCCACCAACACCGAAUGGCCUUGCUACCCAGGCAAAACUUACAAAGGAAGAGGACCUAUUCAACUAUCAUGGAAUUACAACUAUGGUCCAGCUGGCAAGGCGUUGGGAUUUGACGGACUAAAAAAUCCUGAAACUGUAUCAAAUAACUCCAUAAUCGCGUUCAAAACAGCUCUUUGGUUUUGGAUGACUGAGCAACAACCGAACCUUUCUUGUCACAAAGUCAUGGUUGGACGUUAUGUCCCCACAGAAGCUGAUUUGGCAGCUAAUCGUACGAUAGGUUUUGGAUUGGUCACUAACAUUAUCAACGGUGGACUCGAGUGUGGAAUACCUAACGAUGAACGAGUCAACGAUCGGAUUGGAUAUUUCAGGAGAUAUGCCAAGUUGUUUAGUGUUGAUACUGGACCUAACUUAGAUUGCGCAUAUCAAAAAUCAUUUUAAUGCAUGGUUAUAUAUAUAUAUUUACAGGAAUGCAAUAUUGAAAUGCCUAGACUCA